AGAGCGAGAGAGGAGGCCUAAUCACGUGGAGGGCGAGUGGAUGGAGCUUGGCAGGGUGACUUUCAACCUUCAACAGCCACCUGGUGUGCUGUGGUGAAGAACCAAGAGUGUCACUUCCUUUCUGAUGGAGAAGAGCCAUCUCUCUUUGAUCCUCCUCCAAGUCAAGUUUCUCAUCACUGCCUAGAAGAAUUCCUAAUUCCGAGGACUGAUGUGUCUCUUUCUCCUGGGGGCAGUGGGAGGAAGCUAAAGGCAUAUAGAAAAGGAUUAAUAGUAGAAGGAAAGAAACGACAAAAGGGAAGCAAAUGUGGAAACCCUAAAACCAGGAAUAGAAAAGAGAAAAAAGCCAGGAUGAAUGGGAAGGGAAAGACCACAGAAAAUAAAAAGCCGAGGGGAACACGAGGAGAGACAGAGAGAAAAGGAAACAGUGAUUUAUUGCUAAGAACAGUUUCUCUCCUAAGUCCUCUAGGUCAAGAAGUCAGACAAGGUGCAGAGCACAGAAAGGAAGCAGCAGAACACGGGAAGGAGGGAACGGACACCCAGGGCGUGAUCCCGGAGACCCAGGAGUUCAGCCCCAGGAGACUGAGAGUCCACACCGUGUUGGCCUCGACCCUGGUGUAUUUCAUCCAGCUUCCUUGGGCAAGAUGUGAGGAGAACUGUGUCAGUCCUGAACAUUGCCUGACCACAGAUUGGGUGCAUCUCUGGUAUAUAUGGUUGCUGGUGGUCAUUGGCGCCCUGCUCCUUCUGUGCGGCCUGACUUCGGUGUGCUUCCGCUGCUGCCUGAGCCGCCAGCAAAACGGGGAAGAGGAGGGCCGGCCACCGUACGAAGUGACAGUCAUCGCGUUUGACCACGAUAGCACUCUGCAGAGCACCAUCACCUCCCUGCAGUCAGUGUUCGGCCCUGCGGCUCGGAGAAUCCUGGCGGUGGCCCACUCGCACAGCCCCCUGGGCCAGCUGCCCUCCGCCGUGGACACCCUCCCAGGGUACGAGGAAGCUCUUCACAUGAGCCGCUUCACGGUUGCCAGGUGCGGGCCGAAAGCACCUGACCUGCCCUCGGUGCCAGAAGAGAAGCAGCUGCCUCCGAUGGAGAAGGUGUCCCCUCAAGGAGAACACGCUUCAAAUUGACGGGAACUUCGGUUUCAGAAAUGGGGUUGGGGGUAUCCGCAGCGUCGGUAACGAUGGACACACGGAACAUUUUUCCUACCUUUCAGAAGAUUUAGGAUGAAUCUAAACAUCAUCUCGUGGAAAACAUGGACUCCAACUCUUUAUUUCCAGUCAGAUAUAUUUUCUGAUAUGAAAUGUUCUAAUCGAGAAUUCCAGUACCAAAAUGUGCAACUCACCUCUA